AUGCCCGCGUCCGUUGCAAUCGUGACUGGCGGCGCCGGCGACAUCGGCCAGGCCAUCGCCCGCAGGCUUAGCGACUCCCACGACCGGGUGGUGAUCCUCGACCACGACGCCAGCAGACUCGACGCAGCCCUCGCAGCCCUCGCCAGCGACACGUUCGAGCGCUGCCUCUGCGACAUCACCGACAGCUCGCAGGUAGCCGGCCUGCCUCGCCGCAUCUUCGGCCCAGAGGAGGACGCAGACCCGGACGGCGGCGGCGCUGCGGUGCUGCGGACGCUGGUCAACAACGCCGGCGGCUCAGCAGCCUACAGCCUCCACGAGACCUCGCCGCAGGCCUGGCAGCGCGAGACGGCCCUCAACCUCGACGCAGCGUUCCUCUGCUUCAACGCCUUCGAGGCUCACCUCAAACGCUCGCGCGGCUGCGUCGUCAACAUCGCCUCUGUCAACGGGCUGGCCGUCUACGGGAACCCGGCCUACAGCGCCGCAAAGGCCGGCCUCGUCCACCUCACAAGGUCCAUCGCCGUGGAGUACGGCCGCUUCGGCAUUCGAGCCAACGCAGUCGCCCCUGGCACCGUCCGGACCGCCGCCUGGGCCGCCAGACAGCAGGCCAACCCACAGGUCUUCCGUGAUGUCGCGCAGUGGUACCCGCUCAACCGCAUCGUCGACCCGGACGACGUGGCUCAUGCUGUGGCUUUCCUGGCCAGCGAGCAGGCCGCGGCCAUCACGGGGGCAGCGGCUGAGGCAGAGAGACAGCAAAGGGCAACGACGGAGAGAGAGAGAGAGACUCAAAAGGGAUACACGGAAACAGGAAUACCUCAUACCUACUCCGUACUAUGGAGUACAUAUGGACGCUUCACUAAAGGAAAACGUGCGUCCGUUUGCUAUAUACCAUGCCCACUACGAAGUACACACGCCUUCUUUACUACAAGGACAAAAAAAACAAACCCACAACCACUCAAUAGAUUAGCCCCCUUACCGUCCCACAGCUCUUGUUAUGGCACUCGAUGUUCCGGUCCUGCAUCUGUGCCAUCCAAUAUCAAAAAAGAAGAAGAAAGGGAAAAAAAAAUUCCACGUCCGGCCUCCCCCUUUUACACCUCCCGCCCCCCUAACCCUCUUCUCCCUACAUCCUCCCCUCCCCUUCUCCCUUACAACUUCAAUCAAAAGGAAAAGAGAACUAUCAUAUUGCUCGAGAAAUGGCCACGGAGUCACGCAGAUCCCCCGGCCGCUCUUGAUCACUCACCCCUCGUCUUGCUUCCCGUCUCUGUUCUCUCUUUUUUUUUUUUCCUUUUUGACAUUUUGUCUUCGUUCUUAACUUGGGACUCUCUGCCUUGCCAGCAGAAGUGGCCCGUUCCUCCCCCCUUGCCCUGA